CGCUCUUGUAAAUGGCCCCCACGGCAUCUCUAGAGAUCUGCCUGGAUAACUGCGUGAAGCUCUACAGCCUCUCUGAGGUUCACGGGAUGAAAGACCUGCAUCACGCCUGCCUCAAGUACAUGAGCUGCCACUAUCACCCCAUGAUGAGGCGACCGGAGUUCAGCAGCCUGUCCUCCGCCGUCAAGGACCAGGUGAGAGAGAUGCCCAUGAUGGGCACAGCCGCCCAAUGUGUUUGCUACGUUCCAACCAGGCUUUAGGCCCCAACACAGCACUGAGACAGCUCUGAUCAAGGUGACAAAUGACACAGUUGACCAUGUGAUCUUAUUCUAGAGGUUAGAA